GCUCGCGCGGCGCCGCCCGAGAGGAGGAGCCGUUGCCAUGGCGCCGCCCGCGCGGUGGGCCCGGGUCUCGCGCUGCGCGUCCUUCAGCGCCUCCCACCGGCUGCACAGCACAUUGCUGAGCGACGAAGAAAACCAGAAACUGUUUGGAAAGUGUAACAACCCCAAUGGCCACGGCCACAACUAUAAAGUGGAAGUAACUGUGCAAGGAGAGAUCCAUCCUCUUACAGGGAUGGUGAUCAACCUUACAGAUCUCAGUGCCUACAUGGAGGAAGCCAUAAUGGAACCUCUUGACCACAAGAAUCUGGACAAAGACGUGCCCUACUUCGCAGAUGUUGUCAGUACUACUGAAAAUGUCGCUGUGUUCAUCUGGGAAAAUCUCCAGAAGUGCCUUCCUAGGGGGACCCUUUAUAAAGUCAAAGUAUAUGAAACCGACAAGAACGUUGUGGUUUACAAGGGAGAGGGGGCUGUUCCUGGGAAGUGAGGUACUGUUUAUUGUGGCCUUUGUUCCAAUGUCGGUGAACAUCUCUAGUCUGUCUGUCCAUCCAUCAAUCCAUCAACUAGCACUUUCUUGAACUUGUGAGUGUAGGCGUUGAAGAAUCUUGUGAGCGAGUGGAUAUCAAGCAGAUGUUUUACGGCUUGGUGGUGUCAGAAUUUCCUGCUGUUCAAGCAUUCAGUUUGAUCAGAGAAAGAAAGUCACCGAUUCUUUGUCCGUUAGUGUUUGUUCCUGUUUCAAUAUGCAAAAGAGAAAAUUACUGCUUUUUCAAUGAUAAGAGUAAAUCCCAAGAUCCAGGGCUUAUUUGAGUACAGUAGUGCGUUUUCCUGGUCUCAGGCAGGUUUUUCCUUUCCCUGACUACCUGAUUCUUUUAACUGGAGAAGCCGAGAAUUGGACUUGUUGCGUGUAGGACUUACUGCAUAAUUAAGCCACCAUGGCCUGUUCCCAUUACUCUUUUAUGCAAGGAUGUUAGCUAAGAAGCAGAGACCCUGCUUCAGCUCUCAGUUCUCCCACAAACUCAAAAAACAUCCCUCAGCAAGUGUUUUUUCAGCUUCAUCCUGGGCUGGCCUGGAUGUGCAGCAGUGAUUUUACCCCGCUUUUAAAAAGUAAAGACAUUCUUAACUCCUGCUGAGUGCAUAGGUGUGUCUGUGUGGUUUUUUGGAAGCAGUACAGAAGACGUGUGCCCUUGACUUCUGGCCGUGCUCUUGACUUCUAAUCUAGCCAACAGUCCUGGGAUUUCCUGGCAAUCUCAUCAAAGUACUAAACAGGUCUGAUUAAUUUUGGUGGGGAAGAGUCACCAUCAACCUGAUUCAGCCACCUUCUGUAGUUUCACGCUAUCUUACUGUAUUAUUGAAUAUGUAAAGCCUGCCUGAUCAAGUGAUGUAUAAACAUUAUGGAUGUGAUUUCCACUGAGAUUUAAUUUUCCUUGGUCAAUUGUCAUUAAAUACUAUAUUUGCACCUGAAA